AUGCUACGACAUCCUUCCAACCACCUUUGGAAUGACUGGUAUGAGAGGCUGGCCAAGAUCGAGCCUCAAAACAUCGAGUUCACAUCGAACGGAAAGGAUAUCACGGUCUUCUCCACGUUCUCUGGCCAGAUACACACGUUUUCCAGGAGGGAACGGACGCUGGAGCAUGGGCCAAGCCUUGCUCAGCUCAUCGGCUACGUCACCAUGGGCAAGGACAGGGAAGUCGUCAUCGACAACACAAACAACUUCAGCCUACACAAUAGCAAAACGGGAGCCCUAGUUGCUAUGUUUGGUGCCGGGUCCAAGAUAUCGGCUGUCCCUAAGCACGUCAUGUUUGGCAAAGACAGAGAGAUCGUCGUAGCGGGGAGCGACACUGGAUGUGCUUAUGUCUUUCAGAAGGCAGGUGGUGGGCCCGAGCAGAUUUUAAUGAAUGCGUCAGAUGGCUAUACACAAAUUGUCACGACAUCUAGUACCGCCUCAGCAAACUACAUAGCAUGCGCCACAUCCUCGACGAUGGGUGUCGGAGCGGUAUCCAUAUGGACGUGCAAACGGGUUAUUGAGGGAUCCGCGACCUUGCCAAACUCGACAGCUGGAACCGACUUGCCAGGAUGGCUCUGGAAGUUAUUGCAACAAAUCUGGCAGAGGUUCAAAGGCGGCCUUGCCUGGUUAUCGAACCUCGUGCGGCGCGGCCUCGUCUGGCUUGCGAAGCUAGUGAUGACCACUUCUGUCAUACUACUGCUCGUUCUAGUGGUCGCGCCUUUCCUGUGGUCAAUGGUGGAGGACGAUGUUCCUGAAGCUUGGAUGUAUGCGAAAGGUUACUGGUAUUUGGCAGUCCGGCCCGCGAUUGUCAGCCACAGAAAGCGCAUCGCAGAGUUGUAUGGAUUUGCAUAA